UUUGUCCAUCAACAUGUUUGUUUCGGCUGUUUCCCAAAGAGCAGAUGUCGUCAACGACCUGCAUGUUUGCCUAAUGACAAGCCAGCGUGAGCAGACGCUGAAGGUUUCCCAUAGAAGUUGCACAACAGAGUGCCAUUUCCUACAAGAACAUUGACAAACGAACAGAGUCAACCGGGACACCACGAUGCAGUGUCCGGGGCCAGAGUAGGACGACUCUGUAAUCGGUGCAGAGGAGGACAUCGAUUUGUCGAUUGUAGUAGGUUUGUAGGUCGUUUUCAGCUUCGGAAUCUGAAGUUGCCCAUUUUGAAUCAUCACUGUUUUUCAGCCAGACUGAUUCAUACUCUCGAGGACAAGAUUUUGUGGACGAAAUUUCCGAAAUUGCUUGUGUAGGAUUGGUGGCAUAGAAUUCCUCUUGCUCCAUGUCUUCAGCAGAGCUUUAGUUGGAGGAGUUUGGACACCUACGAAAGAUCACGAACUAGCCUGGUGACCGAAGAUUCAUUCUUAUCCAUUGAAAAUUGCAGAUGUCGAAUUAUGCCUGUACUGGCAUAGCUCAUUCAAGCCAGUCAUGGUAGAUAUUUGACGAAUCCUUGGAUUCUCCUUCGAUUUGAAAGAUGGGGCGCUCUUGCGAAGUUUGUCAAAAGAAUAGACCGGCUCUUCGGCGGCCGAAAACGGGACAGCAGGUGUGUCGCGAAUGUUUCUUCUGUGCUUUCGAGGAUGAGAUUCACAGGACUAUCGUUGAAAAUCGUCUUUUUAAGAAAGGGGAUCGUGUAGCUAUUGCUGCAUCUGGUGGGAAAGAUUCCACUGUGUUGGCUCAUAUCAUGACUCUACUUAACAAGAGGCACGAUUAUGGUUUAGAUCUUUUCUUAUUAUCAAUAGACGAGGGAAUUACAGGUUACAGAGACGACUCUCUGGAAACCGUAAAGCGUAAUGAAGUGCAGUACGGCAUACCCCUGAAAGUUGUGUCUUAUAAAACUUUGUACGGAUGGACCAUGGAUGAUAUAGUCCGAGAAAUUGGCCGCAAGAACAAUUGUACAUUUUGCGGUGUUUUCCGGCGUCAGGCUUUGGAUCGAGGAGGUGUAGUAAUGAAAGCAGACAAGAUGGCGACUGGUCAUAAUGCUGAUGACAUUGCUGAAACUGUGCUGCUUAAUAUUUUGAGGGGAGAUAUCGCUCGUCUUGCGAGGUGUACUGCAAUAACUACUGGAGAAGACAGUGUUCUACCGAGGUGCAAGCCUUUCAAGUACACAUACGAAAAGGAGAUCGUAAUGUAUGCGUACUUCAAAAAGCUGGACUAUUUUUCUACUGAAUGUAUAUACUCACCAAAUGCAUAUCGUGGUUUUGCUCGGGAGUUCAUAAAGGAUCUCGAAUCUAUCAGACCUCGAGCAAUUCUCGAUAUAAUCAAGUCAGGAGAAGACUUCAGAAUAGCAUCCACAGCGAAAAUGCCCGAACAAGGAAUCUGCAAGCGCUGCGGAUAUAUAUCGAGUCAGGAGUGCUGCAAGGCGUGUGUUCUGCUGGAGGGCCUGAAUCGAGGAUUACCUCGACUGGGGAUCAGCAGGACCAGGGCCUCGAACAAGGAAGGUCCAAAAGCCGAAUCCAACAGGGCGAAGGAGAGACCGAGAAGUAUUUCUCUGGACUUUUAGUCUGUGACGCGGAGACCGGGAAUCCGAGAACAGCCGUGGGAUGGCCCUGGACGGGACGGUGGCCCACCGCCAGUCCCCUGGCCCCCUGGCCCCCUGGCCUUGAGCAGUUACAUGUGUAAUGUUUCUCAGUCAUCCAUGAAAAUUGUAUUCUAAAUAAAAAAACGGAAAUGGAAAUAUAAAUUUCACAUUACUCAUUUGUGGAUUCCAUGGACCAGAAUUCUAGAUGGUUAUCCUGUUGAUCUACAGUUUGCAGUUGUAUUUGUGUCUUUUUGGA